CCGGUUGGAGGGGCGGGAGGCGGCCGCUGACCCGGCGGCGCGAGGGCCCGGCGUGAGGCGGGGCGGGCCGGGCUGUGUGUGGAGCCGGCCGUCAGCCGUUCGUGCGGCCAUUGAGGGGCCCGUAGCGCCGCGGGAGCCUCGCGGUGGGCGCUGGUUGGGGGCGGUGCUCUCUGCCCUCCCCAUCCCCUCCUACCCCCUAUCGGCCCGGCCCGGCCCGGCCCCGCUCCGUGCUGUGAUUGGGCGGAAGAUGGCGCUGGGCGGAUGGAAAUCCUAAUGACUGUCAGAAAAAUCGCCUCCAUCUGUACCAUGGGCGCCAAUGCCUCAGCUUUGGAGAAAGAGAUUGGUCCAGAACAGUUUCCCGUCAAUGAACACUACUUUGGAUUGGUCAAUUUUGGGAACACAUGCUACUGCAAUUCAGUUCUUCAGGCACUUUAUUUUUGCCGUCCAUUUCGAGACAAAGUCUUAGCAUACAAGAGUCAGCCAAGAAAAAAAGAGAAUCUCCUUACAUGCUUAGCUGACCUCUUCCACAGUAUAGCCACCCAAAAGAAAAAGGUUGGAGUUAUACCUCCCAAGAAAUUUAUAACAAGAUUACGAAAAGAAAAUGAGCUUUUUGAUAACUACAUGCAGCAGGAUGCACAUGAGUUCUUAAACUACCUACUAAAUACAAUUGCGGAUAUCUUACAAGAGGAGAGAAAACAAGAGAAGCAAAAUGGUCGCUUACCCAAUGGCAAUAUUGAAAAUGAAAAUAACAGCCCACCAGACCCAACAUGGGUUCAUGAAAUCUUUCAGGGAACGUUAACAAAUGAAACCAGAUGUCUUACAUGUGAAACUAUAAGCAGCAAAGAUGAAGACUUCUUAGAUCUUUCCGUUGAUGUAGAACAAAAUACUUCAAUUACUCAUUGCUUAAGGGGUUUCAGCAAUACAGAAACUCUUUGCAGUGAAUACAAAUAUUACUGUGAAGAAUGUCGCAGUAAGCAAGAAGCACAUAAAAGGAUGAAAGUAAAAAAGCUGCCUAUGAUUCUAGCUCUGCAUUUGAAGAGAUUUAAAUAUAUGGAUCAGCUGCAUAGAUACACAAAACUCUCUUAUAGAGUGGUUUUUCCUUUAGAGCUGCGUUUAUUUAACACCUCAGGAGACGCCACCAAUCCUGACAGGAUGUACGACCUUGUUGCUGUGGUAGUUCAUUGUGGAAGUGGCCCAAACAGAGGACAUUAUAUUGCAAUAGUGAAGAGUCAUGAUUUUUGGUUGCUUUUUGAUGAUGAUAUUGUUGAGAAAAUUGAUGCACAAGCUAUUGAAGAAUUCUACGGGUUGACGUCAGACAUCUCAAAGAACUCUGAAUCUGGUUACAUCCUCUUCUAUCAGUCUCGGGAUUGAGGGGGAGCUGUAGUGAAGAGAGAUUGUUACGCCUCUCGUCUUCUCUAUCCUGGAUUGGAGCAAGUGCUGAAAGACAGGAAGGUGGAAGCUCCAGGGGCAGUAGCACAGUUUGCACAAGAUUAAGCAAAGAACUUGGGAUUUUUAAAGCCUUUGUAUCAUUUUCUUUUUAUUUGCUCAGGUAUCAUGCUGACUACGCAUCUCCACUCCAUCUCAUAAGCAAAAAGAGAUACCAGCCACUCUUGCAGGAGCUUUCUGUUAGGAAAUACUGUCUCCAUGGUCCUCAUUCAAAGCCUGUUAAGGUCACUGGAGAACCUUUCAUGGACUUCAGUGGAAUUUGAAUCAGGUUCUAGCAGCACUGCCAGAUUGGUGCAGUAAGAGCAUUAGGAAUCUCUAUUUUAUACAGACUUCACACAUAAGAGGUAAAGGACUCUUUGUAAACUUAAUUUCCUGUACUUAGUUUUGAAAGAACGAGGCUGGAAUGUUACCAUGUAAGCAAAAAGAUAUAUCUGGGCCCAAUUGCCUUCUUGAUGGUAGUAGUUUAACUGAAGAUAUAAACUAGUGUCAGGGAGGCAAGUAUGUUUUGCUUCUCUGAAGAAGCUUACGUUAUUUAUAAUGUAUGAUCGGGAACAAUCAGUCAAGAUUAUGGCUUUUAGUCUCCGUAUGGGGAAAGAUUUGGUUUGUAAUAGUAUAUUUUUAUUUAUAAAUUAUUGUUAUUUAGGAUCUUGUUACUUAGGAUCUCCUUUAUUCUAGCCAGUAUUGGGGAUUUUAUAUAUUAAUUUGAAUUCAAACUAAUCAUGUUUAAAUGUUAAAAGAAAAAAGAGAGAGAGAACUGAUAUAAAGUCUAAAAGCAAUGCCUACAAUGUCUUUAAAAAUGAGUAACAUAGAGAGAAUUCCUUCUGGAGGAACUGGUAUCUAAGUGAGGUACUUUAAUUAAAUUAGAAUAUUAUCUUUCCAUUAAUGUGUGAAAAAAGUGAUCAAAUUAAUACAUAGAAGACUUUUAAGAAUGCAUAUCAGAAGAAAAAGAUGGUGCGGUGGUGCUAUACCAGUCUUGAUAGUUCUUUAAUCGUCUGUCGGUGUCUUGUGCUCUAAGCAAAUUGCAGCCAUUUUCAGAAAAUCAUUCCUUCUCCUAAAAGCGGAUCCACUUUUGUUACUUAUGUUAGUCACGUGGGUGACUAUCUCAAAAACCACUCAAGGUCUCAAGUACAAAUUGUGUCUACGCAAUAAAAAGGAAUGGGCUUAGAAUUUCAUGAGACUGAAGAAAUACUACAUUCUUUUAAAAGUAGUAUAAAGAAGAGGAUGUUUCACCUCUAGGUGAAAAAUUCUGAAACCAGCUGCUUAUACUUCGCUUUAGGUUCAUGAAGUAGCAUUAAGAAUUAAAUCUUAACAAAACACCUGGUCUGAAAUAAAUGUGAACUACUGUGAUUUGACAUUCUUCCACUUAACAGUACUUUGUCUGACAGUAGCUGAAUGUAACUUCUGGAAAGUCAGGGGAUAUUCAUUCCGGAUGAUGGCAAUCAAGUCUCGGAUGUCCUUGUCUCCCCUCUUCAGCUGGUGAUUUGUACCUUAUUGUAGUUUUCUAAGGUUAUUUUAUUGAUACUGUUGCAAACUCUAAAAAGAAUGUCUCCUGUCUGCUGCUAUAACUAUUUACUUACCUGUAUCUUUUAGCUCAGGAAAUGACUUCACCUAUUCACUCAGUUGAACUAAUCUUUAACAGGGUCACUGAAUAAAUCGGGCUAUUUAGCAACUGUCAUACUGUAACAAACUCCUUUUGUAAAACACGAAGUUUCUAAAGUCCCAGUUAGGGUAGAAUACUUUUAUAUAAAAUCAUUUAUAGUGAUGAAACUAUCCAAGUACCAGCAUUGUGAAGUAAAGCUUCAAUAUUGCCGGAGAUGCAAAAAAUACAAUUGGAUUUUUCUUAAGGAAUUAAAAUAAUUUUAAAACCUUUUUUCAGCUUUCUGUGGGAAAAGGGCUAACGGGUGAGGCAGUUGAUUAAUGGUGCAUGUUAUAGGAUGAAGUCCUUUGCAUACUAAAGGUACAGUGUUGUAAAAGAACUAAAGAACUGUCGUGUUUCUUUUUUACUAACUGAUAAAUGUUUGGUCCUUUUCUUCUUUUUGUGGCGUAGCUCAAAGCUGAGCCUAGUUGCUAAAUACUUUAUACCCUAACAAAAUUUGUGGUUUAGUCACUGGUUAUACUUCUGCAACAUAUUUUUGUAUGACACUGACUUUGAUUUUGCAUAAGGUUUUUGAGAUAGUAUUCCAAAUUAUAUAUUUCACUCGGCUUUUUUUUCUUUUCUUUUUUUCCAGCUGAAAUAAUUGUAAUUUCUCAAUUAAACUAUUAUCAGGAACUUCAACUUCUUUAGAAAAAGUAAAGAAGCAGGGAAGUGCAAAAUAUAACUGCUUGAACUUUAUAUAUGCAUCCAAGUUACCUAAGGGAUCGCCACUCUGUGGGAGCUGAAGGAAUGAAAGAUCAGAGUAUUUACGGAGCAAGCAUAAGAGAGAAGCGACUGACCGAAGAACUGGAGCCCAAGGUCAGAAGUCUGAAUGCCCCUGAUGACAAUAUCCAGUGUGAUUUGGUUUCAGGUCAUUCUCCACUUGGAGCAUACUCUACUGUUUGUAAUGAAUAGACGUACUAUUUUCAAACAGAUCGUACCCUGCUGUACUUGAAGUUGUGAUGACUACAUCCGUGUCCUUUCACUGUAUGGAACAGGCACUUAAUCAUUCAUGCACAUACCUUAAACUUGAAUUGUCAGAAGUUUGUCCCGUAUCUGGUUUGCGUAUCUUUAGGUGAAAUGUUUCAGGUGUUAACACAUAGGGAUUUGAUGCUGUUUCUUAUCUGCUGUCGUACCCUUAGUCAUCUGCAUGGACUGGCAGAUAGAGCACAAGACCUACAGAAGGUCUGCAUCCUUCUGAAGCAGCAGCUUAGUGCUGGACAGGACAUCCUGACUUGCUCCCUGUGUUUCUGUCUCAGCAUUUCCACAUACAGUGUCACAUGUGCGCUUGGUGCGUAUCCAUAUAAAAGUUUAUUUUACUUUAUGCUUUUUUUUUGUGGUGAUGUUUGUAAACCUGAAGGAUGUGAGGCCGUUUGUUCCUUUCACUAUGAAAAUGAAAAGAACUUUAGCUUGUGUUACUUGGCCCAGUCUCUCAGCUGUAGGUCUGAGAUGACCAGUAAAGGCAUCUUUUUGGAAGGAAUUUUGUUAUGUGAAAUCUUCAGUUUUCAUUUAACAAAAAUUAAUUAGCUUUAUUUUAAGGUAAGUAGAUCCGUAUGCAACUUUUUUUCCUGGAAGUUUAGAUAAUCCAGAUACAGAUAAUCCAGAUGCAGUUUGUUUGCUUUCCUAGAGUGGUUUUACAGUCUAAAUGGUUCAGUUUUUCCCCUCAUGUUUGCCUGGGUUGAUCUUAAGACUAUGCGUUUUAAAUCAGUCUUUACUUUCCCUCUUGAUAAUACAAUGUGAACAUUUUAUGGGCUCUAACUUGUGAGGCUUCAAAGCCCUCUAACUUCCCACAGAACGAUGUGAGAUGUAUAAUACAUUAGUCUCUUUACAUACAAGCCUCCAGAUACUCAAUUAUUACUGAAAUUAAUAUUCUCCAUCAUCUGUAUUCAAGGGCUGUCCAUUUUGCUGGAGCUUUGCUUCUGAUUGAUUGUUACAAGUGAGCUAUGCAGGUCAACUGCUGUGCAAACAAACAACGGCUUCGCCUUUUAAAUACAGAGAUCUCUGAAAUCUGUUUCCAGUUUUAAUAAUGGAGUCUGAUGGGGCAGAAAUAACUUUGUUUGGUCUGUAUUCAAAACAUUGGCAAAGUGGUCUGCCUCUUUGUGAAGUAAGCUAAACCUCAUCAUCUUCUAUAAUGAGUUCCUUUUGGGGAUCUUGUUUAAGUAUGUGUUGGAAGAUUGCAGAAAACACCAGCAUUAAAAGGAAUUGAAUAAUAUUUUCCAGUUUCUUCCCAGAAGCUCAAAUGAAUAAUAUUCUACUUUCGCUCUAACCACUUGUGAUUGGCUCAGCAUAGGAGAUUUUAAAGACUCAGAUAAGCACAGAGAUCCUGUCUGCCAGCUCUUUGUAUAGAACUGCUGGCAGCAUUAGGGAGCUUUAAUUACAGAAGGAUCGUGUAUUUGAUCUGCAUUCCACAGGUUUUGUGAACCAGGAGAGGAUGCCUAGCACGGAUCUUGCAGAGAACACGGAGAGAAUCUUUACAAUAACUUGUAAAAAUAAUACAUUAAAAAAAUAAUAAAAUCCUAAAAGGUAAAAUACUCCAUUUAAUAUGGAUUUCUAGUGUUUUGGAGGAUUUAGGGUAUAUUCAAAACACACUGCCUUACUCUAGGCUUUUUGUUCCUUAUUAAAGAAUCACGCCUUUUUGUGCGUAUUUAAUUUGUUCUUUAGGUCUGCUGAGUUGAUGAACUGUAUUUCAAAGUAUUUCUUGCAUUGAAAAGAGCUGGAGCUGUUUUGUCUAUGCCUUUCUGGUGAAAGUUCUCUUCAAAAGCAAAACAUAUUUGGAAUCAUGGGAUUUAAUAAAUGCCACAAUUUUGAUGUACCCCUUUCAUUGUGUUUGUAAAGAGAUCCUGGAAGCCAUUCUGUAUUUCUCCAUAGCAUUGUCAUCAAACCUGAAACUUGUAUAGAAAAUGAAAUGUUUGUUGAAAAUGCCUUUGAGUUAUUUUAGAGAUUGCUUGAGUUCAGCGUGGCAGUAUUACAAUAUUAUCAGAAUAAGCAACAGAGCCGUUAGGAGCUAGAUAGCAAGGGGAGAGAAUACAUGGGGAUUAUCAAACACAGUGCUAAUAGGACCCAGAUUUUAUUACGAUACAUUUCCUUAGAAUCAUAGAAUGGUUUGGGUUAGAAGGGACCUUUAAGAUCAUCGAAUUCCAGCCCCCUACUGUAGGCAGGGACACCUUCCCUAGACCAGGUUGCUUAAAGCCCCACCCAGCCUGGCCUUGAAUGCCUCCAGGGAGAGGGCAUUCCCAACCUGUUCCCCUGUUUCACCACCCUCACAGUGAAGAACUGCUUCCCUCAUAUCUAAUCUAAAUCUGCCCUCUUCCAGUUUAAAGCCAUUUCCCUUUGUCCUGCUGCUACCUGCCCUUAUAAAAAGUCCUUCCCCAGCUUUCCUGCAGGUCCCCCUAUGUAUGCUGGAAGGCCUUUAUAAGGUCAGAGAGGUCCUCCUCAGCUCUCUCAGCCUGUCCCCAGAGGGGAGGUGCUUCAGCCCUCUGAUCAUCUUUCUGGCCCUCCUUUGGACCCACUCCAACAGCUCCAUGUCCUUGUGCUGGGAGCUCCAGAGCUGGACACAGCACUGCAGGUGGGGUCUCAUAAGAGCAGAAUAGAGGGGCCAAAUCACCUCUCCCAACCUGCUGGUCACGCUUCUCUUGUUGCCACCCAGGACAUAGUCUUCUGGGCAGCAAGUGCACAUUGCUGGCUCAUGUUGAAUCUUUGACCAGCUGACACCCCCAAAUCCUUCUCCUUAGGGCAGUUCUCAAGCCAUUCUUUGCCCAACCUGUAUUUAUGCUUGGAAUUGCCCUGUUUCAGGAGCAGGACCUUGCACUUGGCCCCACUGAACUUCGUGAGGUUGGCAUGGGCCCACCUCUCAGUCCCAUUAGGUCUCCCUCGGUAGCAUCCAUUCUCUGGUGCAUCAACUGCUGUGUCACUCAGCUUGGUGUCAUCUGCAAACUUGCUGAGUGUGCACUCCAUCCCACUACAAAGAUGUUAAAUAAGACUGGUUCCAUGGUACUCACAGAGCAAGAACCUUCAGUGAGUAUCAGGAGGAAACGUGUUCGACAAGAUAUACUUGCCGUAUAUAUGCAGAGCUUUGAGACUGACCUCUGUGUCUUUCCAUUUCCUUUUUUAGGAAGCAGGAAGGCUGUAUGGAAGCAGUGAUAUCACAGCUGUGAUAGUUACUCACUUUUCUGUUUUAACUUUCUGGUAAGUUUUUCUGCAUUGCAAAUCAGGGGGAGGGAUGCCAGCAGAAGACCAUGAGCUAUUUUCCACACAUACAUAUCCAAACACUAAUUAGCCUUUUUUUUCCUUCUAUUAUAUUACAUGCAGAAAAUACAUAAUUCACCAGCGAGGAAGUGAGACAAAAGCCACUGUUUCAAAGCUGUUUUUCUUUUCCUUUCUGCAUUAUGGGGUUUUGUGCAAGUAUAUAUUUGGAGAAAAAAGGAUAGAGAAGAGCUUUGGCAUUUAAAAAGAAUACACAUGAUAAUUGUUGUGCUUCGGUGAGUAAUAGUAAUUGUUAAAGAACAUAAAGCAGCAGAACACUGGCUUAAUUUGGUAACUUUUAAGGGUAAAGCUAAGAAGAAUGUUGUAAGCUUUUUGAUAAGUAUUACAGACUCGAGAAUCUGGUGGUGUGAGAGGGAGAAGAAAGCUGACUGUGCAGGCUGAUAGAAGGAUGUUUGUAGUGUAUGAACUGUCAGUCUGCACUACAGGACUGCAGGUCUAAACACUGGCAUCUUCUAUUGUUUGUGCUAUGAUGCAUCCAAAUACACCAGCAGCCACAGCUGUUCAUUCAAUGGAUAACUUUCCUAAAAAAACAUAUCUAUGAGAGUAGUUAUUUGUAACUACACAAACAUCAGUUUCAGUGUAGGAAAUGUGAAAACACAGCUGCCGUGUGUCUCCAAAAAUGAGAAAUUCUGGCUUUCCAGACCUGCUUAAUGUUACAGAAUCAUGGAAUGAUCUGGACUGGAAGAGACCUUACAGCACAUCCAGUCCCAAGCCUUUGCCAUGGGCUGGCUGCCACCUCCCAGCUCAGGCAGUGCCAGGCCCUAUCCAACCUGGCCCUGAAUGCUUUGUGGGAUGGGACAUAUGCAGCUUCUCUGGGCAGCCUGUGCCAUGGCCUCGCCAUCUUCAGAGUAAAUAAUUUCUUCCUUACUUCUAAUUUAAUUCUACCCUCCUUUAGUUUAAAGCCUUUAUUCUUUUCAUUGCUUUGACCUCCUCUGGACCUGGUUCAGCUGGUCUUGUCCUUGUGCUUGGAGCCCCAGAGCUGAAGGCAGUUUUCCAGGUGAGGCCUCACCAGCACAGAGCAAAGGGAAGGAUCACUCCCUCACCCUUCUGUCCAGUGAUCUGAAUACCAGCCCCUGCGGAACACAGCACAGCAUCAGUCUCCAUCUGAGCACUGAGCAUUUGACCACUACUGUUGAGUGAGGACUCUUGCCUGUGGUCUAACAUAGCAAUGACUGUUGAAUUUGACACUGCCCAGAAUAGGAAGGACUUUCAUUAUCUAAAAGUGGUGCUAUGGAAAAGAAGGGGACAGACUCUUCAGCAGGGUCUGUGGUGAUAGAACAAGGGGAAAUGGUUUCAUGCCCAAAGAGGGGAGGUUUAGGUUGAAUAUAAGGAAAAAGUACUUUACAGUGAGGGUGGUAAGGCACUGGCACAGGUUACCUGGAGAUGUGGUUGAUGUCCCAUCUCUGGCAGCUUUCAAGGCAAGGCUAUAAAGCCCUGGGCAACCUGAUGGAGCUGUGGUGUCCCUGCUCAUUGCAGGGGAGUUGGACAAAAUGGCCUGUAAAGAUCCCUUCCAACUCCAAGGAUUCUGGGAUUCUCUUUUAUGAUUCUGUGACUUUCUGAUGUUUCAUGGCUAGUUAUGCACGUGCUAAGAGAAAUGGUGUAUUUUCUUAUUGUCUCUCUCAAGAGCUUGCAAAGAUUGUAGUGUUAACAUGCAGAAAGACUGGAAAAAUCCAAUUAAUCAUUAAAUUUUCUGAAGAACUUCUGAUCGACUGCUAAUUUUGGUGAAUAAAGUUCUAGAUCUGCUUGUA